ACGCGACCGAGGGCACCGCCACCAACCAACAAGCCUGGAAGAUCGGGUAAGAGAGAGAGACAGAGAGAAGCCGGCGAUUCGAACGGCGCGUUCAGUCGGACGCGUGAUUACAGACACGUGAGACGUGUGCAUCAAACUCUGUCUCUUCUUAUCAGGGUAAGUGCGUAUUGUACACACACACGGUGGUGCGACCACGUGCCCACUUCCGAGGGUGUCGCGCGGAGAGAAUUGUGCGAAGACGCACGUUACGCGCGCGCGCACGCACACACACAUCGGCGUGAAGAUCGUUUUCUUCCAAAAGUGCGGCCAUAUCGUCUUCCGCGUUUUUGAGAUCCGCGUCGUGAGAUCGAACCUUCCGCGCUUCUCGCGAAUCCCCUAACGCGGGGAUAACAAUCCGAUAAAGACUAAACUCUGUUCGCAACGCGGUUUCAUCCCCCGACGCUUUCUUCUUUCGCAACGAAGCAUACAAAACGUGAUAAAGUGCGCGAAUGUCAGGUGUGACUUGAAGUGAGUUACGGAAAUCGGAUCGCGCGCGCGUGUGCGCGGCAGUGAUAAUCCAGAUCCCAUGUGGAAACGGACCGUAUCUGCAGCGGAACGUCGCGCACAUGUCACCGGGUGUGUCAACGAACGUUGAGUAAAAACACGUAUAGAAACAACAUCCGCAGGCGCAGCAUAAGCGGGUGGACGAAAGAGACGGGAAGAUUCGGAGGUGAUUUUAGAUGUUAGAGGGAGCGGAGGUGGCUGAAGUGGCCCCGCCGCCGGGUACGGGUCCCGAUGCCGGUCCCCGUAUCGCAAACACUCACAUUAAUCUCCACCCUCGUACCCAAAGAGGAAUCAAACAUGCCCUUCAUAGACGACGACCUAUUUUGGUGCAAUGACAGUGACGGAAAGAUGGAUUUAUCCCAGUGCCUUCAGCAGAGCAACACGGGCCAAUCGGUAGAAUUUUCGAUGGAACUGAGUGCUCUGGUAGGAACUCCGGCGGCGUCAAAUAUGCCGGCGGAAGAGGGUGCGGGUAUGUCCGGUGUUACAGGGGAGGAGCUCUUCGAUCCCUUAGAUUUUCUGCGAGAACUCGAGGCCGAGGCUAGCCAACCCACCUCCACGACAACCCCUUCCUCCUACAAGCGACAAAGGCACAAUAUUGCAGCCGCUAAUCCUAUAUUAGCAGAAAAAUUAGCAGCCCCAUCGACGCAAUCAUCGUUGAGCUGCAUCCCUUACGCCUCGAGGACGGACAUCAAAACGGAGAACAUCCAAGCUGAGUCCGGUAAGG